AUGUCAUCCAUGCGUGGACUGGUGCAGUUCAUCGCCGACCUGCGAAACGCGCGAGCCCGAGAGCUAGAGGAGAAGCGCGUCAAUAAGGAGUUGGCCAAUAUCCGACAGAAGUUCAAGGGCGGCAGCCUCAACGGCUACCAGAAGAAAAAAUACGUCUGCAAGCUGCUAUAUGUCUACAUACAAGGCUACGAUGUCGAUUUCGGUCACCUCGAGGCGGUGAAUCUUAUCUCUUCCAGCAAAUACUCCGAGAAGCAGAUAGGUUAUCUGGCCGUUACCCUGUUCCUACACGAGGAACACGAGUUGUUGCACUUGGUUGUGAAUAGCAUUCGGAAGGAUUUGCUCGAUCAUAAUGAGUUGAACAAUUGCUUGGCUCUACACGCUGUGGCUAAUGUUGGUGGUCGGGAGCUCGGCGAAGCCCUCGCCACUGAAGUCCACCGAUUAUUGAUCUCCCCUACAUCGAAAGCCUUUGUGAAGAAGAAGGCCGCCCUGACCCUCCUCCGUCUUUACCGCAAAUACCCUGGCAUUGUUCGCAGAGAAUGGGCCGAGCGAAUUAUCUCGAUCAUGGAUGACCCCGACAUGGGCGUCACCCUCUCGGUAACUUCGUUGGUUAUGGCACUGGCACAAGACAUGCCCGAAGAAUACAAGGGCAGCUAUGUGAAGGCCGCCCAGCGCCUGAAGAAAAUCGUGGUGGACAACGAGAUUGCGCCGGACUACCUCUACUACCGCGUACCUUGCCCAUGGAUUCAGGUCAAGCUGCUUCGUCUCUUGCAAUACUACCCACCUUCCGAAGAUAGCCAUGUACGCCAGAUCAUCCGUGAAUCCCUUGCCCAGAUGAUGGCAUCUGCCAUGGAAACCCCGAAGAACGUUCAACAGAACAACGCCCAAAACGCCAUCCUCUUCGAAGCCAUCAACCUCCUUAUUCAUCUUGAUUCAGAGCACAACUUAAUGCUUCAAAUCUCCUCUCGCCUGGGCAAAUACAUUCAAUCCCGCGAGACUAAUGUCCGCUACCUCGGUCUUGAUGCACUGACACAUUUUGCCGCCCGAGCCGAAACCCUCGACCCGAUCAAGAAGCACCAAAAUAUCAUUCUGGGCUCACUCCGUGACCGUGAUAUCAGUGUUCGCCGCAAGGGAUUGGACUUGCUCUAUAGUAUGUGCGAUACAACCAAUGCGGGGCCAAUCGUCAACGAGCUUCUACGUUAUCUACAGACAGCGGACUACGCGAUUCGUGAAGAGAUGGUGCUCAAGGUUGCCAUUCUUACAGAGAAGUACGCUACCGAUGCCCAAUGGUACAUUGACAUGACCCUAAAGCUGCUUUCUUUGGCUGGUGAUCAUGUCAACGACGAAGUGUGGCAACGAGUCAUUCAAAUCGUGACAAACAACGAGGAGCUGCAAGCAUAUGCCGCCCACACCCUGCUUGGUUACAUGAAGAAUGACUGCCACGAGAGUCUGGUCAAGAUUGGUUGUUAUGUUCUAGGCGAGUUUGGACAUCUGAUCGCGGACAAUCCAGGGUCCAGUCCCAUUGAACAAUUUUUAGCACUACAAGCCAAGAUGUUCACGGGAUCUGAUAACGCCCGAGCUAUGAUCCUAUCCUCGUUUGUCAAGUUUGUUAACUUGUUCCCUGAGAUCAAGCCCCAGCUGUUACAGAUCUUCCGACUUUACAGCCACUCCCCUGAUUCCGAGCUGCAACAACGAGCUUUUGAAUAUCUGUCUCUGGCAACACUCCCGUCGGAUGAUCUUAUCCGAACUGUCUGCGAUGAAAUGCCUCCCUUUUCGGAGCGAACGUCGAUUCUGUUGUCGCGCCUGCACCAAAAGACAGCCGGCACUACUGAACGAAAGACAUGGGUGGUUGGUGGAAAAGAUGCCAACGCAGAUAAGAAGGAGGUCCUACUGGCCCAGACGACUGGUCUUAAGCGUUCCUUCACAACGAUUGUUAAUGGCACUCGAACGGGAUCGAACGGAACACCGACUCCGACCAGUGCCACGAGUGCCUCUGGUGACUUGGCCGGUCUAGACUUCUCCAGUGGGCCAACACUGCCUGCUCCAAACCUGGCUAGCGCAGCUCAUCUGACCCCAGACUGGGAUAUCGGCUUCAACCGGCUCUAUUACACGCCUGAAGGUGUUCUCUUCGAAGAUGCCCAGAUCCAGGUUGGCUUGCGCUCGGAGUACCGUGGCCAUAUGGGUGUUGUCAAGCUCUACAUUUCCAACAAGUCUUCUUACCCAAUUACCUCGUUGACUACAACCGUCGACAACCCGGCUGCGCCAAAUCUCAAAAUCGACACCAAGAACCUCCCUGACUCAACAGUCAAUGCAGCGGCCCAGACCCAGCAAACGCUAUUCUGCGCUGUCCACGGACCAUUCAGCGAUGCUCCUACCAUCCGAAUCUCCUACCUGGCUGGUGCGCUUCAGGCAUACACUCUCCAAUUACCUGUCCUGAUGCACCGCUACAUGGAACCAUCGGGGCUGUCGGCCGAAGACUUCUUCAAGCGCUGGCGACAAAUUGGCGGUGACGCCCUGGAGGGCCAAAAGACCUUCGGCGUAACAGCUAAGAACAAGACCGCCACGGAAGGCUUCACCCGGCGGACCGUGGAAGGAUUUGGAUGGAAGAUCCUUGAUGGUGUCGACCCCAACGCGAAGAACAUUGUUGGCUGUGCUGUGUUCCAAUUCGAGGCUGGCAAAACAGGUUGUCUUAUGCGGUUGGAGCCUAACUAUGAGAAAUCGAUGUAUCGCGUCACCGUACGCGCUACGCAGGAAGGUGUCCCACAGGCAUUGGUCAAGCAGAUGGAGCAGAAGCUGUCCCAGGGAACGCCGGCGGAUGGGCCU